UGAUUGAAUUUGUCAAUCGUGCACUGCAUCAUGAGGGUGAAGACAGCCGUGUUACAGCUGAUACUGAUAGCAUUAGUGGGUGCAAAGAAAAAUGUUUUGUUUCUGGUGUCAGAUGAUAUGAGACCAAACCUCAAUGCCUAUCUGGGUCCAGACAUGCCGUCUCCUGUCCAUCCCAAGAUGCAUACACCUACUCUCGAUGCCUUAGCCAGCAGAUCCCUUGUUCUGAAGAGAGCCUACGUGUCUCAGGCUUUAUGCAGCCCCAGUAGAACUGCCCUUCUUACCAGCAGGCGGCCUGACACUAGUCACAUAUGGGACAUUGGACCUUACUUCCGACAAGUUGGCGGCAAUUUUACUACACUGCCAGAAUACUUCAAGCGUAAUGGCUACCGAACUAUUGGAAUGGGGAAGAUCUUUCAUCCUGGAAGUUCCUCAGGAGGAGAUGAUCCCAUAUCGUGGACGGAUCCAUAUUUUCACGCAGAUGACAAAUAUGGAGGGAAUGACAACCUUCUAUGUGAGGCAGUAUCAGAGGAAAGAGAGAAGGCCCAACCACUUCAGGAUCAGAUUAUUGCAGAUAAUGCAAUUAAAACACUUCAGGAAGUCGCACCUAGAGCAAAGUCAGGUAAGCAACCUUUCUUUGUGGCAGUAGGAUUCCAUAAACCUCAUAUACCAUGGAACUAUCCUGCUCGUUUCAAUACUUUCUAUCCCUUGGAGAAUCUUCGCCCACCACCAAACUAUUAUGCUCCAGUUGGAAUGCCCCAUUUUGCCUGGCAUAAUUUUACUAACUUUGGCAACUUUAGAGAUAUUGAAGCAUUUCACUUAAAGGAUAUUGGCUAUAUAAACUUCACAUUUCCACCAACACUGACCCUUCAACUGAGACAGGCCUACUACAGCUGCAUUAGCUAUACUGACUACGAGCUGGGGAGAUUUAUUUAA